GCUCUGAUCCUGCCAGCGCUCCUUGCGGAAAAUUCAAGAUAAACUUACUCACUUCCUCCAAUAAUGGCUCCGCGACCUCGUGCCACCCAGUCGUUGGAAAGCAGACGUACUCGAGGUAUCAAAUCCUACCGCUGCCGAGUCUGCUCUGGAAUCCAUGCACUUCGGAAGUGCAAGAGGUUCCACAAACUGAGCGCUGAAAAGCGCCUUCGGGCAGUACUUAUUAAUAAGUACUGCUCGAACUGCCUCGCCCAUCAGCACUCAGGAGGAGACUGCCGAAGCCAAGAGGGAUGCAAGAAGUGUGGAGGAAACCACCACACUCUACUCCACAUGCACGAGGUCCGUCCCGCUCCGUCCCCAGCAGCGCUACCAGCUCCGACGCGCAGAGAGCGCCAUCCCGCUGCACCUCGUCCGGUCCGGAUUUCCCGCAUUCCGCCACCAGCCCCAGUCGCCAACAAUCAACGGCGUCCGAAGGUCUCCGUCGCGUCUCCGGCGGUGGCAACGGGGCAGCAGAAGGCUGUUCCCAUUCUGCCUACAGCCAUCGUCGUGCUGGACACGGGCUCGAAGACCUUCGAGACCGGGGCCAUGAUCGACCCAUGCAUGCCGGUGAGCAGCAUCGACCGGUCGUUGGCGGCUGCGUUCCGGCUGCCCAUCGCCCGGCUGGGAGGCAACGAGGUCUGCUCGGUGACACUCCGGUCCCGAACAAGCACCUUCCGACUCAACGUCGUCCUGAAGGUCGAACCCAGCCUAAGGAUCCGGACACCCAUCCAAGCUCUGAGCGACGCCGCCAGGGCCAAGUUUGACGGUGUUCGUCUCGCGGACGAGCGCUUCCACCGGCCGGCCUCCAUCUCCCUCGUGUUGGGAUCAGAUGUAUAUGCCAACUUGAUCCAACCGGGGUUCCUAAAAAUUGAUGAUGGCUUGCCCGUCGCGCAGAACACGGUGUUCGGAUGGACCGUUUCUGGAGCGUGCACGGAAUGAAGAGGCCGAUCCUGAUGUCUAGCCGGCCAGGGAUACCUUUGCCUACGCAAGGGGGGGGAGAAUGUUCACGCCAGAAGGGCGCAAACAGUUGAGCGGCAGUGUAAGCGGCCAAUGCUUUUACUCGAAGCUCCUCCACGGCUCGCAAGCACCGCUGCUCGCGCUCUCCUUCUCUUCUCUCGCUCUCCUCCCUUCCCGCAAGGUAUUCACCACUCCGCGGUCCCGCGGUAUUGCUACUGUUAAUGU